AUGGACGGCCCCUACAUUCUCAGUCGGUUGCUGGGAAUAUCUUCCCGUAUCUCGAUGAUAUGUAUUUUUGAUGCUUUUGCUAUCCAAAGCAAUGAGCGUGGAAUUGCUGCUCGUGACAGCGGUGCUUUUGCAUGGGAGAUUGUUCCGAUUGAAGUUCCCGUUGGGAGAGGAAAACCACCUGUACUUAUUGAGAAAGAUGAAAGCCUGGAUAAGUUUGACCCAGCAAAACUGAAGAAACUUCACCCAAGUUUCAAGGAGAAUGGUGGUACCAUUACAGCUGGAAAUGCUUCUAGUAUAAGUGAUGGGGCUGCUGCAUUAGUUUUGGUGAGUGGGCAGAAGGCUCAAGAGCUUGGCCUGCAAGUCCUUGCAAGGAUCAGAGGAUAUGCAGAUGCAGCUCAAGCUCCGGAACUCUUUACAACCACCCCAGCACUUGCGAUACCAAAGGCUAUAGCAAAUGCUGGAUUAGAGUCAUCCCAUGUUGAUUUUUAUGAGAUUAAUGAAGCAUUUUCGGAAAAGAUUAACGUUCAUGGAGGAGCUGUAUCUUUAGGGCAUCCUCUUGGGUGCAGUGGUGCUCGCAUUUUGGUCACCCUUCUUGGUGAGGUUCUCAAGAUGAGCAGUUGGGCACGACGGAAGCCGUCGUCCGCUCUCGACGGAGUCCUAGACCGAGAGCUCGGUGGCCUUCUCCUGUCCCGAGUCGAGGGCUCAGCUCAGCAGCAAGGCGGCAAAGUGAGGCAACUGUCGUCGUCUAUUUUUGACAUAAGUGUUGACUCCAUUCAUGAUGAACUACUUAUUUGUGUAUUAUUUGAAUGA